CAGCUGCGUCUGCAACAUCAGAAGUGAAGAAGAACGGCGAAGCUAUCGCAAGCAAAGCAAGUCAAAUGAAUGUGAAUCAAGCAGCAGCGCUGAGUCUGGAGCCAAAGGUGACAGCUGCUGCUGCUGCUGCUGCUGCUGCUGCUGUUGCUGCCUCUUCUGCUGUGCUGGUGGCCGAUGCUGCAGCAGCGGCAGCCAAUGCAACUGCAACUGCAACAGCCAAGUCCAGUGUCGAGGCCAAGCAGAAUGGUCAGCAUUCGACGCACGAGGAGACAACGCCGAGGGGCAUCAAUGGUCACCACAGCAACAAGAGCAACAGCAACAUUAACAGCAAUAGCAACAUCAACAUCAACAAUAACAACAAUAGUCGAAGAAGCAGCAUCGAUGACGAUGAGCAACUCAACAGCGACAACGACCACAAUGUUGCUGGCAAGGACGCCGGCAGCAGCAGCAAGUUAACCAUCAUCAAGACACCGCUAAACAAAACGUUGCUCAAGAAAUGCAGCAACAACAGCAACAGCAACAGCAAUAGCAAUGGUAACCUGCCGCAUGCUGCUGCACUCAACAACAGCAACACCAGCAGCGUUGUCGUCGUCGCUAGCGUAGUCAACGUCAACGUCGACGCCGACGCUGACGCUGACGCCGACGUCGACGCAGAUGCCGACGUUGAUGGCGAUGGCGAUGCUGAUGCCGAUGUCGAUGCUGAGGCGGACGACGCAUUGAGUUUUGGCUGCGAUUCCGGUUUCCAAAGCGGAAAUAACAAUGAACAAGAACAAUUUAUGAAUGAUAAUCAUCAUCAUCAUCAUCAUUACCAUCAUCAUUAUCACCAUCAUGGCGAGCGCGAAGGCGAUCACGAUAACGAUAACUCAAAUGCGAAUGCGAACGCAAACGCGAACGAUAACGAUAACGAUAAUAGCAACGAUGUUGACGCUGACACUGCCACUGCCGCUGCGUCUGCGCUUGCAACACCAACAGCAAUGGCAGCAGCGGUAGCUGCAACAGCCGCAACAUCCUGCUCAACGUCCGAACAUGUUGCAGCCGAACAGCAGCAGCACCAUCACCAGCAGCAGCAGGCGGAACAGCAACACCAACAGCAGCAACAUGAGUUUCUUGUGAAAGGGGCAACAGCAACAUCUCCUUGCACGGCGGCAACCAAGGCAGCAGCACAAAAUGCUUGCACUCAAAAGUGCAGCAAGUGCAAUUCUCACAACAACAACAGCAGCAACAACAACAAUAAUAACAAUAACAGCAAUAACAACAACAACAACAUUCAUUACAACAACUACAAUAAUUAUUAUAAGAAAAAAUCUCGUAUGCCGCCCAUUUGCAGAAUUAUGACACUGAGCCGUGGCCCGUACAGCGAGCUCGAUAAAAUGAGCCUUUUUCAAGACCUCAAACUCAAGCGGCGCAAAAUUGAUUCAAGAUGCAGCAGUGACGGCGAAUCGAUAGCAGACACAUCCACCUCGUCGCCGGAUCUUUUGGCGCCGAUGUCGCCGAAGCUUUGCGACAGCGGCACGGCAACAAUGCCGCUGCCAUUGCCGCUGCCGCUGCCACUGCCGUUGCCGUUGCCACUGCCGAUGCCGCUGUCGCUGGCAUUGCCGCUGCCAGCGCUGCCAUCGGUGACGGUGACGGUGACAACGGCAGCAUCCACAUCGGCGGCAGCAGCAGCUGCCGUCUCCACAUCAUCUUCGUCAUCAGCAUCAGCAUCGUCAUCGGCAUCGUCAACAGCAGCAGCAUCAGCGACGACACCGUCGUCGUCCUGCCCGAGCAGCAGCAUCACGAUAACCCCAACAGCAGCAGCCGCAGCAGCAGCAGCCACGACGGCAACAUCAACAGCUGCAACAGCAGCGACUGCAACAGCAACUACAACCACAAAGCAUCAACAGACUGAAAUUCAUUCAUCGAGCAACGCGAUCAGCGCAGCAGCUGCCUCGACGGUAAUGUCGCCGCCACCGUCAGCGAUGACGCCGCCAUUGGCGCUCGACAACGCGGCGGCGGCGGCAACAGUUGCUGGCGGUGCGGCAGGAUCGCGUGGCACGCCGACACCGCCGCACAACAAUGGCGGCGCCUCGAGCUCCAGCAACGGCAGCAGUCGCGCCUCGCCCGAUUCGCUCGAGGAGAAGCCAUCGACAACAACGGGUCGCAACAGCAACAGCAACAGCAACAGCAACAGCAAUGGACUGCUCAGUAGCAGUAGCAACAGCAAUAGCAAGGUUAACAGCAGCAACAACAAUAAUAAUGCUGGCGGCAAUCUGAGCGUGAUCAGGAGCGUGAAGGAGGAACGCAUUCAGGCGUCGCCCACCAAAAUGCUCGUCUAUCUGCAGCAUCAGCAGCAGCAGCGGCAUGAGCGAGAGCAGCGAGAACGUUCCAGAGAGCGAGAACGGGAAAGAGAACGAGAACGAGAACGAGAUCGAGAAAGGGAACGCGAGCUGGUGGAGCGGGAGCAGGCGACGACGGGACAUGUGACGGUGCUGGUGACGCCGUCGCGCAUCAAGGCCGAGCCGCCGCCCUCCGCCUCGCCCUCGUCCACAACACAGCGAGAAAGGGAGCGAGAAAGAGAUCGAGAACGAGAACGAGAUCGAGAUCGAGAACGAGAACAGCAAUCGCUAGGAAGCUCGAGUUCGAUCAGCUCGUCCCAGCAACAUCUGAGUCGAGGAAGUCCGCCGUCUCCGAUGGCGUCGCAUCAUGGCCAUGGCUACGGCCAUCCGCAUGCUGGCCAUCUGCAUGGCCACGGCCAUGGACACGGACACGGACACGGACAUGGCCAUGGACACGGACAUGGGAUGGCGCCGUCAGCGAUUGUGCAAACACAUCAUCUGCAUCAGCAGCUGACGCAGCCACUGACGUUGCGGAAAAACAGUCCGCCGCAGGAGCUGCAAUUGCCGCAGCUCUCGAUGCAGUCGAUGCAGCAGUUCAAUCUGCAUCAUCUGCUUGGUCAGCAGCAGCAGCAACAACAGCAGCAACAACAACAACAACAACAGCAGCAGCAGCAACAGCAACAGUCGCCGCAGCAUUUGCAACAACAUUCGCCGCAUUCGCUGAUUCGCGUCAAAAAGGAACCAACAACAACAGGCGGAGGAGGAGGCACCGGAGGUGGCGGUGUCGGUGUCGGUGGUCAGGCACAGCGACACCUCUCGCCGCAUCAUCAUCAGCAGCACCAGCAGCAACAGCAGCAACAACAACAGCAGCAGCAGCAGCAGCAACACCAUCAACAGCAACAACAGCAACAGCAGCAGCAACAACACCUCCAACAGCAGCAACAGUCGCUGAUGCACUCGGCCACGCUGCAAUCGCUGCGUCCCUCAAGUCGCGAUGCAGCCAUACUGUUUCGCGUGAAGAGCGAGGUGCAACAACAGGUGGCUGUGGCAGCAGCAGCCGCAUCCUCUGGCCUGCCACCUCAUCUGAUGCAACCAUCCGCUGCAGCUGCGGCGGCGGCAGCGGCUGCUCAGCGCAUGGUCUGCUUUAGCAAUGCGCGCAUCAACGGCGUCAAGCCAGAGGUGAUUGGCGGUCCCCUCUGCCCCUCGCCGCAUCCUUCGUCAUCGUCGUCCUCGUCGCAGCUGUCGCCGCAGACGCCGUCACAGACGCCGCCCCGGGGCACGCCCACCGUCAUCAUGGGCGAGAGUUGUGGAGUGCGCACCAUGGUCUGGGGCUACGAGCCACCGCCGCCCACAGCCGGACAGCAACAGCAGCAGCAACAACAGCAGCAGCAGCAGCAACAACAGCAGCAGCAGCAGCAACAGCAGCAACAGCAGCAACAUCAGCAACAGCAGCAGCAGCAUUGCCUGCAGACCGCAUCGUCACCGUCGACGGGCUCCAUAACGCCGACACACACGCCGGGUCCGGUGGGUCCGGUGGCACCGCAGAACAACGAGGAGGCAGCCCAGCUGCUGCUCUCGCUGGGCCAGACACGCAUCCAGGACAUGCGACCGCGCCCACAUCAGUUCCGCACACCGCACGCCCUCAACAUGGAGCGUCUGUGGGCCGGCGACUACUCGCAGCUGCCGCCGGGGCAAUUGCAGGCGCUCAACCUGAGUGCCCAGCAGCAGUGGGGCAGCUCGAACUCGAACUCGAACUCCAGCGGCAGCGGACGCUCCUUGGAGGCGCCGCACGAGCCCACGGACGAGGACGAUCAGCCGCUAGUCUGCAUGAUCUGUGAGGAUAAGGCCACAGGUCUGCACUACGGCAUCAUCACAUGCGAGGGCUGCAAGGGAUUCUUCAAGCGCACCGUGCAGAAUCGUCGCGUCUACACGUGUGUCGCCGAUGGCACCUGCGAGAUAACCAAAGCACAGCGCAACCGUUGUCAGUAUUGUCGAUUUAAGAAAUGCAUCGAGCAGGGCAUGGUGCUGCAAGCCGUGCGGGAGGAUCGCAUGCCAGGUGGACGCAACAGUGGAGCCGUCUAUAAUCUGUACAAGGUGAAGUACAAGAAGCACAAGAAGACCAACCAGAAGCAGCAGCAACAACAACAGCAGCAGCAGCAACAGCAGCAGCAACAACAGCAGCAACAGCAGCAGCAGCAACAACAACAGCAACAAUUGCUGUCGCCCAUCCAUCAUCAUCAUCCAGCAGCGGGACACGGUCAUCCAUCGCAGUUAUCACCGCAUCAUCUGCUCUCACCGCAGCAGCAACAGUUGGCGGCAGCCGUUGCUGCUGCACAGCAUCAACACCAGCAAUCGAAGUUGUUGGCGGCGGGGCAUGCGGCAGCGGGGGAUCUGAAGCCAAUGUUUCUGGGUCCCGUGCUCAAGGCGGAGCAUUUGCAGGCGCCGCCAAUGCACAGUCCAGCCCAGCAACAGCAGCAUCAGCAGCAGCAACAGCAGCAGCAGCAAUCGUCGCCGCAUCUGUCGUUGUCCUCCCCGCAUCACGUGGCACCACCAACAGCCAGCCAACAACAGCAGCAACAGCAGCAGCAACAUCAUAACCAUCACCAGCAACAGCAGCAGCAGCAGCAACAACAGCAGCAGCAACAGGCGUCGCUGCCCGCACAUCUGAUGAAUGGCACCAUACUGAAGACUGCACUGACCAAUCCCAGCGAAAUUGUCCAUCUGCGACAUCGACUCGAUUCGGCGGUCAGCUCAUCGAAGGACAGACAGAUCUCUUAUGAGCACGCGCUCUCCAUGAUCCAAACGCUGAUCGAUUGCGAUGCCAUGGAGGACAUUGCCACGUUGCCGCACUUCAGUGAGUUCCUCGAGGAUAAGUCGGAGAUUAGCGAGAAGCUCUGCAACAUUGGCGACUCCAUUGUGCACAAGCUGGUGUCGUGGACCAAAAAGUUGCCCUUCUACUUGGAGAUACCCGUCGAAAUCCAUACCAAACUGCUCACCGACAAAUGGCACGAGAUACUCAUCCUUACCACGGCUGCCUACCAAGCGUUGCACGGCAAACGCUCCUCCAGUGGAGCUGGCGGUGGCGGUGGCAAUGCAACGACCGCUACGGCAUCGAGUCCCGGCGGCAACAUCAACAGUAACAGUAACAGCAACAGCAACAGACACGGCUCACCAGCACCGACAUCGACGCCGACGACACAGCUGCCGAUGACGCUGCACAAGGAUGAUCCCGAGUUUGUCAGCGAGGUCAACUCGCAUCUGAGUACCCUCCAGACCUGCCUUACCACCCUCAUGGGCCAGCCCAUUGCCAUGGAGCAGCUGAAGCUCGAUGUUGGCCACAUGGUCGACAAGAUGACCCAGAUCACGAUCAUGUUUCGUCGCAUUAAGCUCAAGAUGGAGGAGUAUGUCUGUCUCAAGGUUUACAUAUUGCUGAACAAAGAAGUGGAACUGGAAAGCAUACAGGAGCGUUACAUUCAGGUGCUGCGCUCCUAUCUGCAGAGCUCUUCGCCACAGAAUCCCCAGGCGCGACUCAGCGAGCUGCUCUCCCACAUACCCGAGAUUCAAGCGGCAGCCAGUUUGUUGUUGGAGAGUAAAAUGUUUUACGUGCCCUUCGUGCUCAACUCGGCGAGCAUAAGGUAGCAAAUGCUUGAGCACGGCCUGUUGCCAGCCACUAACCACCAGCCGCUGCCAGCCAACAAGCCACAGCAGCGUCAACAGCAGCACGACCCACAGCAGCAGCAGCAGCAACACUUGACUCCGCGACGCAAAUCGAAGAUGCAUCAACAACAACAACAACAGUUGCAGGCGCAGGCGCAGGUUGCUUUGCUGCUCGAUUUGCCAAAGAUUAAGAUUGAAAUUGGGACAACGGAGCAACAGCAGCUGCAACAACCAUUAUUGCUGCCGGCGGCAACAGCAACCACAACAACAACAGCAGCAACAUCGUCCGCAUCGUCGUCGUCCUCAUCGAUUUUGAAGAAUUCGCUGCUGAGCGGCGCGGCAGCAACAUUGGCAACACUAACAGCUGCUGCCGAUCAAAUAGCGCGCAACUCGGCGACAGCAACAACAAUCGAUGGAGUCAACAACAAUAAGAAUAGCAGCAGCAGCAGCAACCGUAGCAGUAGCACAGCAGCAAUGGUGCAGGAGGCAUCAAGUAACAACAGCAACAAUAACGGCAGCAGCAACAACAGCUUAGAAGAGAGCAAAAGACUUGAACAUCAACAGCAACAUCAGCAGCAACAACAACAACAGUAUACAUCAAUUCUACAAACGGCCUUAAUGUCACAACGUCCAAUGGCAGCUGCCACAUCAACAGUAACAGCCACAGCAACAUCACCGAUAGUAGCAACAUCAUCAACGAGCGCAACCAGAGCAACAACAACGACAAUGACGACUGCAACAACAACAACGCCACCGCCAGCGCAUGUGCUCAAAACGGCGGUGACAUUGGCCAGUCUAAGUGAGAUAGCAACAGCACGACAGCAGCAGCAACAGUUGCUGGCGAUGCAGCAACAGCAACAACAGCAACACAAACUGCCUAGAAGAAUAAUCAAUUUGUCAAGCAACACUGCCACAGGCCCAGGAGCAAUAACGAUCACUGCCAAACCAAUGCCAAAGGCCUUGGAGUUGCGGCAACGCAACAGUAACAGCAACUGCAACAACAGCAACAUCGACAACAAUAGCAACAACUGUUCGAGUUCGUGUCAGAGUCAGAGUCAGGCGAAUGCAGCAGCAGCAACAACAACAACAACAACAACAUCGCUGCCCAAUGGCAACUGUUGUCACGUGCCGGCGACAACAACCAGCACGGCGACAAUACAUACGCAGACGGAUGACAUGUUGCUGGCAAUGAGCGAUGCUGCAACAGAAAUAGCAGAAACAGCAACGGCAACUGUCACACCGACUUCAUUAACAAUGCGCCCAGCAAUGCAACAACAACAACAACCACAACAACAAUGGAAUGCCGUGUCGACGACGACGACGGCGACGACACAGAUACAAGCACAGCCACAACAUCAACCAGCAACAAUACCACAUACCACAACAACAACAGCAACAACCACAGCACCAUACAACAGCAACAAUAACAACAACAACCACAACAACAACAACAACAACAAUAAUAAUAAUAGCAACAACAACAACAACAACAUGAUUAGUAAUAAUAAUAAUUAUAGAAAUAUAAAUAAUUAUAAUGCCGCUGCCGCUGCCGCUGCCACGCCCAUGCGCCCGCCUACGCGCACGCCCGUGACCUCAGCUUCUGUUACUGUAGUUGUGUUCAAAACAAUGUUACCUGAUGACUGAAUUAUUUUAGAAUCGUACACUUAAAGCAUGUUUUUUAUUAUCAUUAUUAUCGAUUUACCGAUUACCGAUUACCAAUUACCAAUUACCGAUUACCAACUACCAAUUAUCAGCUAUCAAUUAACAAUUAUUACUACAUGCAUAACAAAUGUAGAAAGAGAGUUUAAGCGAAAGAACGACAGAGAAAGAGAGAGAGAGAGAGAGGGAGAGGACGCGAAUUCGCAUUAUUCGAUAUAUGUAUUUCUAAUUUUUUUUUUUUUUGUUUUUUUUUUGUCGUUUAUUCAAAUAAGUUUCGUCACACGCAAAUUGUUAGAAACCUAACCUACAAAAAUGUAUAGCCUAAAAUCUAAAGCUGUAACCUAACCUAGAAACUAGCACAGUCUGCAUACUUCACACACACACACACACACAUAAACUCACACACACACGCACUCAUGCUGAACCGAACAAACCAAGCUGAGAACACAAGACUGCAACAGAGAGAAAGAGAGAGAGAGAGAGAGAAACAGGAAAAUGAAAUAGAAACGAAAUGGAAUGGAACAGAGUUUGGCUCAAUUCGGUUCGGUUUGAUUUUGAGAGCUGGAUUCCUGUGGUUUUAAACGGCAUUAAACGCAGAUGUGUUUUUUAACUAAAUCAAUUAUGCUUUUACUACUAUAUUCUUUUAAAACACACACACACAUACAUACACGCGAACGUUUUAUUACAGACAUAUAUACAUAAAUAACAAAUUAUAUAAACUUUUUUUUGUAUUUGAUAUUUGAUAUUGUGUGCAAAUUUUAAAAGAGAAACGAAAAGCAAAUGUAAGAAAAAGUAAAAAGAGAAAAUACAAAAAACCUAAGUUAAGUGUUAACAUGUAUCAUGAUAAUGAGAUCAGUUAGGAUGAGUUAAGUGCAAGUGCGAGCGAGAGAGAAAGAGAGAGAGCGAAAGAGUAGCCACAUACACACACACACACAUACUCUUACUCACUCACACUCACACGAACACACAGCUAAAGAAUAAUGCGCAUUGUUGAGUGCAAAGAUAAUUGCAAAAUGUUUUUUUUUAUAUACAUAUAUAUACAAGAAAUAAAAAUUAUAUAUUAUAAUUAAAUAUAUAUACACAGAUCUGAAUAGCAUAUACAUUGUGUUGUAUGUAUACAAAAGGAAAAGCAAACCACAUAAAGAAUAUACACACACAUACACAUAUAUGUAUAUAUAAUACAAAUAUAUAUAUAUAUAUUAUAUACAUAUAGAAACUGUAGUCGUAUUUAGCUAGUUUUACUGUAUUCGUUUUAAGUACUUUUUGUAGAGAAAUUCACACACACCUACACACACACACACACACACACACACAUACACAUAGGCUGCAGGCGAAAAAUGGGCCAAGGGGAGGGAGGAAAUAAAGGGCGCUGGGCUGGUGUGAACUUAUCGAUAUACAAUGUUAUCGAUAACACAGAAUGCGUAAUUUCUACUUUAAAUUAUUACAAUGGCAUAUUAUGUAAUGUUAGUUUAAUAAACUGCAACACACACACACACACACACACUACUACAUAUAUACAAAUUUAACUCACACGCAUACGCCCACAUACACACACACACACAGACACACCACUACAUACUAAAAUACAUUUAAUAAUAAGCAUUAAAUACGCAUAAUAUUAAUGAAGAUGAAAUCGAUCGAGAAAUGAGAAAUGAGAAAUAUGCAUACAAGUUUUACAUCUGUUUGUAUGUUUGUAUGUAUGUGUAUACACUUAAAAACAAAACAAAAGAAACUAAUUAUAGUUAUUCAUUUAUAUACUAUACAUUUAUCUAUAUAUA